AUGCCUGCUGUUACAAACACGUUUGAAUGCAUUAUAACAUUUGCUUUUCCGAUAAUUCAGUUGGUCGCUCCAUUUGUUUCAUUUCGUGUGGUAAAGGACUUUAACGAAAACAACACCAAAGAGGGUACAAUUAAGGCAGGACUGUAUAAUACAGCCCAACACGAGGAAGGGUCAAAAGAAGAAGUGCCAAUAACAAGAAGGUGUAUCAACACUAUCCAUGGCUGCAAAGUAAUCAUUGGUGAGAAUGGGUAUAAUUUUCUGAUACCAAAAUCAGGCAACUGUGAUGAAAUGGUUGAGCUCCAAAUGUUUGAAUAUGCUCUUGUGAAACACAAGCAAUUGUUUGACGAUUGGGAAUCUCUUGAAGAUCAAAACGAGAAGGUGUUGGUUGUUGAAGGUUUAAUUUCUGCUCUCAAGAAUCUCUCUGGAACUCCAACACCAACGGAACUGUGCGAAGCGCUUGAAUCUCUUCGCUGUGAGAGUGUUUUAACAUUUCUGGAAUACCAGCGAAAGGUGAUUGCUGAAGAAGAGAGAAUAAAUGAAACAAAAAGAAGUGAUAUUCAGAUAGAUGUUGACCAAAUUGAGCAACAUGCAUCAAUUGGAGACUUUACCAUCCCGACUUACACCAAAGUUUGUUUGGAUACGAAUGAGAAGUAUGAUGAAAGCGGUCUCCCGUUGUUUGACAACACGUUCAGAGAGCGACUCCAAAGGAUAAAUGAGAAGAAAACAAAUUCUUUUUUACAGAUAAAGGAACAAGAUAGCACAUAUAAGAACUGUUUUGGAUGUUACAAAGAAAAUACAAUUGAAGAAGAGAACGGAAUAUACAAUGACAACAACAGAACUUUGGGUUUGAAAACAAUGGAGAUUUGA